AUGUUCGAACGAAAUUCCAUUGCGCGUUCCUCGGUCCAAAUAAAACCUCGGUCGAAGCUUUGUUAUCGAGAUCUACCACGUCGUAGAUCUCAUGGCGCCUAUGUCUCUAGCAGUUCGUCAAUUAUUUGGCGGGCCAUCACUACUGAGCUCCCUGAAGCUUUUAUUGAUGCGUCGGAUUUGCGCCAAAUACCAGAUAACCAGGAGGUUUUUCUCUCACCCGUGGACGAUGUGACGUUCAUAGUCGAAAUCCUCGAGAAAGUUGAAGAAGAUAAUCUUUUAGAGGCGGCGAAGUUCCACUUCGAUUCGCUAGCGCAUGACAAUGAUGCACAAAAUAAUAAAUCCAUAGAACAAAUAAUACCUUCGAGCGAACCCUCAACUCAGGAGCGUCCAGCUCCGAUCCUCCUCAGUGGGACCCAGCGCAUCAAAAAAUUCAACCGAACAACAGCAGAUGAUGUCCUGAUCCUUUUGGCUCUCUGGCGUCUAGACAAAUAUAACAUCGAUCUAGUGCUGAGCUGCAAUAUCCCCGUGAAGACUGACUCCCCUGAAACUACAAUCGUGGGAGCCGAGGUAAACGUAGAGGAGACGAAAUCCACGUUUGCCAAGGCAGUUGGAUCAUUCAAGAUAGUUGAUUUUGGCUUAUUCGGGGCGAGAACGAACGUUAGGUCCCAAAGAAAUUCUGCUAGGGGACACCCUGUAUAUCUUUCAUACGCUGAAGAUGUAAUGUAA